AUGUUCUGUGCCUUUAAGACAGAGUGCACGCUGACUGGCAGCUGUGGCGUGGGUUACGGCCAGAACAGUAGCCCGUUCUGUAACUGUGUUUUAGAGAAUAAACGUGAAGGCUCAGCUAUUGGAAGUGUGAUUAUUUCACACCAGCAGAAUAUUACAAUACCUUCAUUGACCCCAGGCCGUCAGCCUCAGGUGUGUAUCUCUCUGGACCGCUACAUCGCCGUGGUCCAUCCAGUGCUAUUCGCUGGUAUCCGUGACAACAAGUUCCGCAUUGGCGUUUCUGUGGUGGUCUGGGGCCUCAUCCUGGCUUACGGCCUAACAAAAUGCACCCUGGGAGCCAUGAGUGUCAACGAGGUCUUCAGCGGAGUCAUCCUGUUUGCAUUCGCGGUCAUGGUCUUCUGCAACAUCUCCGUCAUCUGGGUUCUCCGCCGCUCUGUGGUGGGAAAAGAGGAGAUGCACCCUGUGAAGAAGAAAGCCUUCAAGAUGGUGCUGAUCAUCUUGGCCAUCAUCGUGGCCAACUACCUGCCUCCUGUGGCGCUCAUGCCUUUCGCGUCCUACUACUCGUUCUUGGUCUUCCGCUGUCAGAUCAGCAUCAGCGUGUUCUCCAUCAUGGAUCUGAGCUGCAGCGUCGAGCCGCUCCUCUACAUCACAAAGAUGGAGCGUGUGGACGGCAGGUGCUGCAGCUUGAGUUUGAUGUCAAGGUGUAAUCAGUCUUCCUGUCAUUAACCGACCCGAACUUGGAAGAUUCUUUCAAAAAUGUUAGUGGACAAAGACCCUGCAUGUACCAGUUUUUGUUUUGUUUUUUAAUAUUCCCGUUGUUACCCAAUGUAUAACUCCAUAAGUCUGCUGAACUGUGGCCAGGACAUGUUUGGCCAAAAAUUUUGUUAAAAACUCACCUAUUUUUUCUAUUAAAAAAAUACAUAUGAUGGGACAAAAAGAUAAAAAUUCUCUGAAGCAUUCACCCUCUAAGCCAGCAGCUACAUCAAGUAAAUACUGUGAGACAGAUAAAGCAUCAGCUAAAGCUAAAACAAAAUGAAGACUUUUCUAUUAUCAGUGAUAGAAAAUUCUUAUUUUAGUCCACAUACAACAUAACUAAAUGCUUAGCAGAGUAGCAAUAAUUACCAUUAUACACUAUAAGGGAAUUCAUGCAGGUUCAGUUUGGUUAUUCAAGGUCUUUUUAAGCCAGAUAUCUAAAUCAAUGUCCUUCAAUUACUAAUUACCAUGAAUACACAUUUUGUUGGUGGAUAUUGCCGUUUUCAGCAGACAAAAUUAUUACUCAAUAACUGAUUUUAACAUUUAUCCCAAACAUGUAAUUAUGAUAACAGUCUUUCUUUUACAUAGUUUGUUGUCUAGUGUCAAACUUUAAACUCUUAGGGGAAAUAUGGGCUGCCCUUUUCAGAAGAAAACCAAGUUUGUGUGUGUUUUUUAAUAUGCUAAGAGACACAUCAAUAAGACACGCCAUGGUUGACAAUUUCCAUCUUAAAACUGCAGUGUACAG